AGUGGAAACUUUUGACAAUAAUAAUAAUAAUUUCCAAUCUUGUCACGUUUUAAAAGUUUGAUCAACUUUUUCAAUAAAAAAUAAUACAAAAUUGAUUUGUCUGCCUAUAAGAGAAGUUGAUAUCUAGUUUGGGGUCUUAUGAUCAAAUCCAAAAUGGUGAAGACAAACUCAAAUGAAGUUAUCUCUUCUGAAUAUGAUAGAGCAAGUGAGGUUAAAGCUUUUGAUGAGUCCAAAAUUGGAGUGAAAGGCCUUGUUGAUGCCAAAAUUACUCAAAUUCCUCGUUUCUUUCACAAAUCGAUAUCUGAUGAUAUUCCUGUUUUAAGAGAUGCCCAAUUUAGUAUUCCAGUUAUAGACCUUGAAGGUCUUGAUGGAGAUCGAGUUAAGCGAAGAGAGAUCGUUGAUAGAGUAAAAGAAGCCUCAGAGAAUGGAGGGUUCUUCCAAAUUGUCAAUCAUAGCAUUUCAGAAAGUGUUAUGAAAGAAAUGAAAGAUGGUGUUAGAAGAUUUUAUGAGCAAGAAACAGAGGUAAAGAAAGCUUUUUAUACAAGAGAUUCCACUAAGCCAGUGGUUUAUAACACCAACAAUAGAUUGUAUACAUCUCCAUCUGCUGAUUGGAGGGACACAUUUCUUGUUCGAAUGGCUCCUGACCCUCCUAAGCCAGAGGAUUUGCCCCUUAUAUGCAGAGACAUACUUGUAGAGUACUCGAAGCAAGUAAUGAAAGUAGGAACUUUGUUGUUCGAGUUGAUCUCAGAAGCUCUUGGGUUGAAUCCGAAUCACUUACAUGACAUAAAUUGCGAUGAAGGAUUAGUGUUACUAUGUCAUUACUAUCCGCCAUGUCCAGAGCCAGAACUAACUAUGGGAGUAACCAAACAUGUCGAUAUUGAUUUUCUAACGGUGUUGCUCCAAGAUGACAUUGGUGGUCUGCAAGUUUUGAAUAACAAUCAAUGGAUUGAUGUUUCACCUCACCCGGGAGCUUUAGUUGUAAACAUUGGAGAUCUACUUCAGCUUAUAACAAAUGAUAAAUUGAAAAGUGUUGAGCAUAGAGUAUUGGCUAGUGAUAUGGGUCCAAGAGUAUCUAUUGCAGCCUUCUUCUGUACAGGUCUAUUGUCAAACUCAAAAUUGUAUGGACCAAUCAAAGAAUUGUUAUCACAAAAUAAUCCCCCAAAGUAUAGAGAAACAACUGUGAAGGACUAUAUUGUUUAUUCCACUAAUAAAAUAGGUCUUGAUGGGAAUAAACCCUCAUAUCAUUUUAAGGUUGAUCCCAAAAUAGAAUGAUGAACAUUAUUAAUUGUUACUUAUUAUUGUUACAAGUGUGUCACCAAAUAAAUUAUAGCAUAUCAAUAAUAAUAUGGUCUUUUUUUGUUUUGUCA